UGCGUCCUUCUAUAAGCUCGAGUCCCUGUCCGUGGCCAACCCCCAACCUCCGACCUCUGACCCCGCAGGUUCUAAAUAUCCGGACAGAUGGAAGCGUUUGGGGGCGCCUUGCCUUCGAACCCCAAAGUUGAGUCCGGCACUUGAGACAACUGGAGCACGGCCUAGGGGCCUGGGUGCUGAGUAAAACAUUUACUACUUUGGAGGUUAAAGCAUGUCAUCAUGGCAAAAUUCCGGAGAAGGACUUGCAUCAUUUUGUCACUUUUUAUACUAUUUAUUUUCUCUCUGAUGAUGGGUUUAAAGACACUGAGGCCAAACACAGCUGCCUUUGGAGCUCCUUUUGGACUUGAUCUGCUUCCUGAACUUCAUCAACGAAGUAUUCGUUUGGGUAAAAAUUUUGACAUACAAAGGAAUGAGAGAACCAAUAGUGAAUCAAACACUAAGAAUUUAAAAACUGUGGAAAUCACUAUGAAACCUUCUAAAGCUUCUGAACUUAACACGGAAGAAUUACCACCACUAAAUUACUUCUUACAUGUAUUUUAUUAUAGUUGGUAUGGGAAUCCACAAUUUGAUGGUAAAUAUAUACAUUGGAAUCAUCCAGUCUUGGAGCAUUGGGACCCUAGAAUUGCUAAGAAUUACCCACAAGGGAGACACAACCCUCCAGAUGACAUUGGUGCUAGCUUUUAUCCUGAGCUGGGAAGUUACAGCUCCCGCGAUCCCUUAGUCAUAGAAACUCACAUGAGACAAAUGCAUGCAGCUUCAAUUGGUGUAUUAGCCCUGUCUUGGUACCCACCAGAUUCAAAAGAUGAGAAUGGAGAACCUACUGACAUGUUGGUACCAACUAUAUUGGAUAAAGCUCAUAAAUAUAAUCUGAAGGUAACUUUUCACAUAGAGCCAUAUAGCAAUCGGGAUGAUCAAAAUAUGUAUGAAAAUGUAAAAUACAUUAUAGAUAAAUAUGGAAAUCAUCCAGCCUUUUACAGGUACAAGACGAGGACCGGAAAUGUUCUUCCUAUGUUCUAUGUCUAUGAUUCCUAUAUCACAAAGCCUGAAAAAUGGGCCAAUCUGUUAACCACGUCAGGGUCUCAGAGCAUUCGCAAUUCUCCUUAUGACGGAUUGUUUAUUGCACUUUUAGUAGAAGAAAAGCACAAGAAUGAUAUUCUUCAAGGUGGCUUUGAUGGAAUUUACACAUAUUUUGCCACAAAUGGCUUUACAUAUGGCUCAUCACAUCAGAAUUGGGCUACCCUAAAAUCCUUUUGUGAUCAGUACAAUUUACUCUUCAUCCCAAGUGUUGGCCCUGGAUACAUAGACACCAGCAUCCGUCCAUGGAACAGUCAGAACACCCGGAACAGAAUCAAUGGGAAGUAUUAUGAAGUUGCUCUGAGUGCUGCACUUCAGACCCAGCCCAGCUUAAUUUCUAUCACUUCUUUUAAUGAGUGGCAUGAAGGAACUCAAAUUGAAAAAGCUGUUCCCAAAAGAACCAGUAAUACAGUGUACCUAGAUUACCGGCCCCACAAGCCCAGUCUUUACCUGGACCUAACUCGCAAGUGGUCUGAAAAGUACAGUAAGGAGAGAAGAACCUAUGCAUUAGAUCAUCAGCCUCCUGUUUCAUAAAGCAUUGAGUAUAUUUAAUAACUUAAAGGUCACCUAAAUUUCAGUAAAGGUCAUUUGCCUGGAGUUAUGGAGAUUAAAAACCUGUCAACAUGAAUAUGCACUUAUUAUCUUUAGUGAACUUUUCUUGUUUCUUUAAAAAUAAUAUUAUCGUAGAGGAGCAGUGGCCUUUUACCAAGACACUUCUGUUCUGAUAAAACUCUGAACUUCUUUUAGUUGUUGUUCUUGAUACUAAUGUGAAGAAGUUUUGCCCCAAACCAUUGUUACUUUUUAAUUGAUUCAAUUUUAAAUUGAUCAAUUUGUUUGAAUGGCAAUACUAUUUGGUUUCUCUUUAAGAAAAAGUUCCUUUUCUAAGGCGAGGUGUUACUUGACAUGUCUAUUAGUUGUUUUUACAGUUUUAGCUUCACACUGAGGUCACUAACCCAUCUUAAAUUAGUUUU